CACUGCAUUUACAGUUAAGUCAAACGCAUUUUACGUUCAGAUGUUUGAAAAGCAAUGGCGCCAGUUAAAAGCGAAGUGUGGAAAUUUUUUAAUAAAAUAAGCAAUAACUACGUUAAAUGUGAACUUUGCUGCAAAAAUUUAAAAUUUUCUAAUAACACAUCAAAUAUGUUGCAGCAUUUAAAACUAAAGCAUGCAACUGUAGCCUGCAAAUUGGUGACUCUGCAAUCUAGGAGUAAAGACAAUGUUUCCCUAAGUGAUGAUGACACUGACAACAUGAUUGAAAUGCCGAGUUGCAGCAGCAAACCAAUUAAUGAAAGCCCUUUGAGUGAGGGGCCAAGCUUCAGCAGCAAAAAACCGAAUGAAAGCAGCAUGAGAGAGCUACCCAGCUGUAGCAGUAAAAAUCCUCAACCCCUCAUUUCUAAAGUCUUCGAAAAUAUUGAAAACUUUUCGCUUCAUGGCUCAAAGAACCAAAAGCUACAACAUGGAAUAGUGGAAAUGGUUAUCAUGGAUAACCUACCUUUUGACUUUGUUGAAUGUAAAGGCUUCUUAAGUUUCAUGAAGCAACAUUUUCCUCUUUACAAAGUCCCAACAAGAAAUACCAUCAAGGCUCACAUUGAAAAAUUGUACGAUGAAGAAAAAGAAAAAUGUGUAGCGAUACUAAAAACUUUUUCAUAUUUGAGUUUAACGACAGAUAUCUGGACUGAUGUAGAAAUGAAUAGCAUGCUUGGUGUGACCAUUUAUGGUGUAAAUGGGACGAAGCAAUUUAAUGGAACAAUUGGCGUUUAUAAAUUAACGGAAGCACGUACUGCAUCACAUAUUUCCGAAGUUCUCAUUGCUGCUUUCAGAGACUUUUCUAUUGACGAAAAACAAGUAAUGACUGUAGUGACCGACAAUGGUGCAAACAUGGUGAUUCAUUUGGCAAAAAACGCCAUAUUCCCCGUUUUGCACACACCCUUAAUUUGGUAUGUGAAAAUUCACUGAACAAUCCUGAAGUAAAUGCAGUUGUUGUAAAAUGCAAAGAAAUAGUUAAGUGGCUAAAAAGAAGUGUUAAAGCUAAUGAUGAUCUUCGAAAUAUGCAAGCUGCUGUAGGCAAAAUGCUAAAGCCAAUUUUGGACGUGAAAACACGUUGGAAUUCGACCUACUACAUGCUUAAACGGUUCAUUAAACUAUGUUCAUGUAUUAACCAAAUACUCCUCAACUAUUCUGACGCACCUGUAAUGAUGACAUCUAAGGAAAAAGAUGAUAUCAUGGAAAUACUUUGUAUAUUGAGACCAUUAGAGGCAAUGACUGUACAACAGUGGCGCUCAACGCAAUAAAAAUCCAAACACGCGUGUUUGACUGAUAAUUCUGCUACUGCGAAAAAUAUCACACGCACACGAAAGCGGCUGAACACGUACGCUAGCUACGUACGAAAAUCUAUAGCAAUGUUUGUGCAGCGCAAACGUAAAAUGUAGUAGUAUUAAGCACCACUACUGUACAACUAAGUGGUGAACAACGAGCAACGUUAAGUCAAGUGAUUCCAUUAGUUCACUGUGGUCGGGAACAAAUAGUGAGAAUAACAGCUAAACAGCCAGUCACUAAAAAACUAAAAGAUGUCGUGUUAAAUCAGAUUGAUCGUAGAUUUGGCUACACCGAACAUUCCUUUUUGCUAGCUGCAUCAACAUUACUCGACCCGAGAUUCAAAAAAAUUAAUUUCUAAGACCCAUUAGCGUUGUCCCCAGUUAUAAAGUUUUUACGUACUGAAAUAACAGUUGCAGAUGAUACCAUGGA